AUGGCGAAUUGGCAGCAGUUCAGCGAGCUAACCGCUCUGCUGGAAAAGGUGAAGCUGUCCACCAAAGGCAGCGAGGUGUUGUUACAAAAGUUUUACACCGCCUUCGAAUCGUCUCGUCAAGCAUGCCCACAGCAGGAAACCCGCUCAUCGAUAUAUCCCUUGUUACGGCUGUUGGUGCCCGCAUUUGACCACAUUCGGAAGGCGUACGGGUUACGAGAGCGCACCUUGGCGGAAGCGUACAUCAACGCCCUUUCGCUGGAUCGCCGCAGCGAGGAAGUACAGCAAUUGCUCACAGCUGGCGGAUCACGUGAUCUUGCGGAUCGUCUGGGGCCACUUCUGCAAGGCCGAUGUCCUGCCGUUGGCAACCUCACGAUAGCGGACGUAAAUGAGCACCUAGAUCAGAUAGGCACCGGUCGGCAGGCUGCCCGAGAUGCGCUUGUGCAGUUGAUCGAGCGUGGCUCAUCCCUUGAUCAACGUUGGAUCGUGCGGAUUGUCCUCCGGAAUUUACGUCUCGGUGUGAGCAACAGGCGUGUUUUGCAGCUUUAUCAUCCGAGCGCACCAACCCUCUAUGACACCACGAGCGAUCUGCGGCGGGUUGUGGAGCUGGUGGAGAGUGGUGAUGUUCCGGAACCGGACGGACCAGCCGGUCAGUCGGGUCUCAUACAGCUGAUGCACUUCGUGCGGCCAAUGCUGUGCCAGCGAGUGGAACUGAAUCAAGUCGGUGAAUUGCUGCGCCGGGGCGUAUACUGGCUCGAAACGAAGAUGGACGGCGAAAGGUUUCAGGUGCACCGGAAUGGGGAUCAGUUUCGGUAUUACUCACGCAACGGACACGAUUACAGCAAGGCAUUCGGUGCGACACCGGAUCAGCUCGACGGGACACUCACGCCUUUGCUGGAGCAACUACUCGCUUCCACCGCCCGGGAGGUGAUCCUUGACGGUGAAAUGAUGGUGUUCGAUCGGCGCGACCUCCAUUAUCGGGAUAAAUGCGACGGAACGGAUGUAAAAGCGCUGCGUGUCGGUGAUGCCAACCUCCGGCCAUGCUUCUGCGUGUACGACGUGCUGUAUUACAACGGGCGGCCUUUAACCGGGGUACCAUACGCCGAACGUGCCCGUUUACUAUCCGAGAUCGUCGUCCGGGAGCAGGUUGGUUUCGUGCAACGUUGCUCACGGGAACGCGUCCGUGAUCCGGAACACCUGCUCGAGCUUGUUAACGGCGCGAUUGAUGCCCAUCAGGAAGGAGUCGUUCUGAAGCGCGAGGAUGCACCUUACCAGCCAAAUCGCCGUGCCGGAACUGGCUGGUAUAAAAUCAAGCCAGACUACAUCGCGGGAUUGGUAACGGACUUUGAUCUGCUCGUGUUGGGCGGUUUCCGGAGUCGCUGGCGGACGUCUGUAAAUGCGCUGCUGGUGGGAGUGAUGGCCCCAGGAGGGGGUUAUCGUUCGGUUGCGAGGGUUUCCAGUGGAUUGGGGGUUGUCGAAUGGCAACAACUUGGAAGGACACUUGGACCACACUGGCGUACGGAACCGGUUGUUGGGUUGGAUUGUGGCCAAACAUCACCGGAUAUGUGGAUCGAACCGAGUGUCUCGUUGGUGCUGCAGCUUAAAGGCUCCGAGCUGGUACGGAAUGAUGCGUACGCUGCUGGGUACACGAUCCGGUUUCCACGGAUCGUGGCCAUACGGCCCGACAAGCUACCGGAUGAAGUAUGCACGCUGGAAGAGCUCGAACGGUUAGCGAACACCUCAUCGGAUGUGGUGACUCGAAAGGCCACAAAACUCGCCCAGCGUCACGUCACCAUCGAGGACCUUGAUGCGCCUUCCGUACCAUCGAAAUCGUCAAGGAAACGUGGUGCUCUUCAGCUGAACAACGAGACAGUGAAACCAAAGCACGAACCGACGCCUCUCCCGGAUGGGAUGUUGCAAGGAAGAGACGUGUGUGUGAUGAGCGGAGAAGCACCACCGGGUUCGGGGACGGUUGAAGCAUUGGAAGGGCUGGUACGGCGGCACGGAGGAAGACCAGUGGCCAACCCGAGUAGUAACACAUACGCCAUCGUAGCCGGCCGGGAGACAUUUAAGGUGCGCAAAUACAUGGACACCGGACGAUGGGACGUGGUGCGUCCGGAAUGGUUGCUUCGGGCCGGUUUAGAAGGACAUCUGGAGCGGUUCCGACCGGCGGAUAUGCUCGUUGCUACUGAACCAACCCGCACGUGGCUUGCAGAGCGUUAUGAUCGCUACGGUGACUCAUACACGCGGCCUGUUUCACCGACCUCGUUUAACGCUCUUCUUCGUCAAAUGGGCACCGGGGGUGGGAAGGGUGCUGAGUACGUCCCACUCAGUGAGGGUGAGGUCCUUGUUGCGGAACGGGCGUUAUUAGGAGGCUCCUCUCGCCAGCGCCUUUUCUGGGGUCUUACCGGUCGGUUGUUUCGUGGGGCGGAAGUCGACGAGUUGCUGGUGGAGGGUUACCGGAAUCAGCGGGCGUUGCUGAGGUUUGUGCGGAAUGGUGGCCGCUGGUUGCGUGACACCGAACCCGGUCCGGCAGGGUAUGUGUUCGUGGGAAAAGGAACUAUCACGAAGGAUGCGAUCCGAUGGGUGCGUGAAAUUGAAAGUCCCACGAAGAAUGGUCACCGACAGUUGAUCCUUACCACCGAUUGGAUUGGCCAGUCGCUCGAAAAAGGACGACUGUGUGAUCCGGACAGGUUCACACUCGAUUGA